GUUAACAGGCUAUACAAACUGGGUUGGAAAUUAAAUACAUCAGGCAAAUGCAUGGCUAGAAUCUUUAUUGGUCGAUAAAUUGUACAUUUAUCGAAAAGGAAAAGCGAAUUACGACAUACUACCAGCAUAGUUGGAACAACAGUUGCAAAUAGCCUAUUCCGUCAAUGCGAUGGUAGAACGGGGCUCUCUGCUUUCUAUUUCAAGACCACGCUGAGUCAGAUACUUCUUGUGACUUGGAAUUACUCAAACCAACGCUCCGGUGAAAAGGGACGGUUAAAAAAUCAGAUGAUAGAACCCCCAACAAUGGAUUUCUCACCAGAACACUGUGACAGAAUUGAUCCUGAUAUGCCAAUAACUGUGCUACAGGACGAGUCGAUUGGUGCAGGGGUUGUGGACGAUGACGAUGAAAUUGAGGGGCUUCGCAACAGUUUAAAGGAAAGGGUGCAGGACCAAGCCGUGAAACCCAAGCUACAGUGCGUCAUGAUGGAACCGUCCUUCUCCAUGGUGGCUGUCCAGAGUGAGGACAGCGCCAUUUUGUGGGAAACGGCUUCCAGCAGGUGCUCCUCUCCCUGGGCUUCUGAUGCCAGCACUACCUCAGAGGCCUACAGCACUCAGGGUCCAGGGACUGCGGGCAAAAUUGUCUUCAUCAUGGAUGAGGACAAAAUAAUCAGGAGAAAGAAAAGAACCAGGGGUAAGCUGGGUGAGAAAUGUAAAAGGCCCCCUUCCAGGCCAGAUCCUACAGAGCAACUGAAAGAUGUUGAUGAAAGGCCAGCAUUGGCAGAGGUUUCUGUGCCUAAUGUAAGGCCUCAAGGUUCAGCUGAAGAGCCAACAACACCAGAGGAACACAAAGAGCAAGACUUAUUCAGCAUAGUCUCUGAGGGCUCCGAGAUACUAAACAUCAUAGUGCCCUCAAGGCUCUCUACUGUGGAUGAAGAGGAAAGUAGUGAAAUGGCAGAAAACCUGUCUUAUUUGGAGCAAACUGACAUGGUAAGAUUAAAUCCAAUGAGUGAAAAAGCAGAGACUGAGACAGACAGUAAUGAGAUGGAUGUGCUUGGUGAGGCUAAGGAGAGUGAAGGAGAACAGAGCUCGGCAGACAAAGAGCCUCUGGAACCAGAUACAUCACACUGUCUUCCAGUCCACAAACCAGUGAAAAGGGGUGGAACCAGUGACACUGAUUACUUCGAGAAGUUCACAUUGUUGGAUGAGAGUACUCCACCUGACCUGUCUCUUGGAAAUAUGGAAAUCAUGCCUACUAAUGCCACUGAGGGAGAAGAGGCAACAGAAAAUCAAGAGCAGUCAGCCUCUGGAGAUAUUGCAGGCGAUCAUUUAGAUGAAAUUUUUUAUGGUAGUGGAUGUACUGAUGGACCAGAAGGAGAAGAGAAACAUGUCAGAGAGGAGGAAGAAGUGCCUAAAUCUCCUCUCAAGGAGAGCGGCUCAGCUUUGUUCAGUAGUGAGGAGAUGAUACUUACUCCAAUUUUUCUCUCCCCCGGGCCUCCAAAAAUUAUUGAUCCAUCCCUCCUAGAAGAGCCAAGAGCAAUGUCAUUCCUCUACACUGAUCUCUAUGAGGAAGCAGUGGGGGACAGGAAGAAGGGUGAGGACUGCUCAGAUGUGGAGAGCACAGUCUCUGAGAAAUCCUUGCACAGAAGGCUGUCCGAUACAGAUGAUGCAAGUGGAUACUUAGAAAAAUUUAUUUUGAAAGAUGAAACUCCAGUGGUUGAGGAUGAACCCACCAAAGGAAGUAAUGAGGAAGGAGGAUUAAGAAUGUUGCCAGAAAGCAGAGUGGAACUCAUUGGCGUCCUGGCUGGUGUGAAUGAAGAGGCUGUGGAAGAAAAGCCAGAGGAAAUCAUUGAGAACUUUUUGGUGCCCUAUGAAGAAAAUGAUGAAACUGAGACAUUCAAGAACACAGACUUAGAAGAUGAAAUGCUUCAGCCACCUGCUGUGGUUGAGGAAAGUAAACAAAUUCAACAAGAGGCAGCGAACAACCAUGAAAAAUCAGAAGAUGAACAUGUAGAAAAAGUGUUAGUGCAAGAGACAGACAAAACAGAAAAUGAAACCAUUGCUGACAAUAAGGUAUCAGAAUCUCUAAUGGAGAAGACGACUGAAAAAACAGAGAGCCAGGAAGAAAAUCUGUCUAAACAUGUUCCCUCCUCAAAUUCAGUUGAUACAGGGCCUACGGACCCAGUGAUAUGUACACAAGAAUCCCUGUUGCUCGAUAAAGUAUCUAAACAAGAAAUUUCCCAAGCAGUACCUGAAGACACUUCUGAAUCACAGCUUCCACAAGCCAUCUCGGUUCGAGAUUCCUGUCCUCAACAAGGCAGUAACAACGAGACAGGCAUUCUGAAAAACACACAUGAAGAUAUAAUCUGUGAGGAUGACAAGGAAGUACAAUGUGCCCUGGGAUCUACUGCCAUCCACAGACCCUUUGCUGAUUGUGAUACCAUCUCAAAAACGGUUAAGCAAAAAGGGGAAAUGCUAAGCUUAUCACCUUUGCUCCUAGCAAAAACAGUUCAGGCAGAGAAAGAGCAGGAACUAGAGGAAGAUUCAGCAGAAGAAGAGAAAGUUACAUCUUCUACCCUAGAGGAUGUAUCAGAGUACUGCAAUGACGCAUUUAUCGCUGAGCCACCAGAGAUGUAUCGAGAUCAGGAUAACGGAAAUGUAGAGGACACGACUUAUGAGAUGACAAGCCAGCUAGAAGUCUGUGAGCCCAUAGAACCAGAGACAAAGGCAUUCAAUGAAAACACAUCAGGGGAACAGUCUGAACAUGGCUUUGAUUCUGUGGAAGUGCCAACCAGAGAUUCACCAUCCAAGGUGGCAGUUGAGGCAGAUAAUGAGUUUGAUGAGGUUUUGGAUGAGACACCCCUGGAGGAAGAUAAACAAGAAAAUGAUCCCAAAAUGUCAAGAUUUCGAUUUUGUGUGGUGUGCCAAUGCAUAAUUUCAUCUUUAAAUACACCUUUUGAUGAACAUAAAGGCCAUGAUAUGUCAACAUUGGAUAAGGCAUAUAAUGACAUAAAGAGUAAACUAAGCCAGUGGAUAUCAGUUUUACAAGGAAGAUCAGAAAAGAUUGAGGACUUGGUGUCCAAGUUGGAGCAGGCAUACAGUUCAUUGGAGGGCAACUGUGAAAGCAGCGCCCUGUCGCUGGAUGAGCAGAAUGAGGAGAUGGUGAAGGCGGUGGUGGAGCAGUAUCAGGAGAUGUCUCGCAGCAUGGCGGAGAAGAAGAGGCUCAGGCUGGGGCAGCUGGGCAGCCAGAUCGGGAGGUUCCAGGAACGCAUCGAGUCUGCCAGGGAAACUCUGGAGAGGGAGGCCAGGGAGGUGGAGAGGCCCGAUGCGCUUGCCCUCGUGUCUUCUUCCAAAGACAUUCAUGAAAGCCUGAGCAGAGCACUAGAGUCCACUUUGUCUCCAGAGCCGGUGCUCGAGAGCUACACCACAGGCACUGAGGGCAAGGAACAGAAGAUUUUGAAAGACAUCCUGGUUCCUCAAGAGCCAUACCUGCUUAUGCAGGAGGCCAGCUCUGCCACCUGCACCUCUAUCACUGUGUUCUGGAGGGUCAGCGACGGAGAUGUCAUUGACUGCUUCCAGGUCAACUGCGUAGAAGAAUCGCAUGGAGAAGUGUACAAAGUGACAGUGAAGGAGAGCUUCUGCACUCUGGAGGAACUGGCCCCAGACAGGUGCUACAAAGUGUGGGUUAUGGCUCUGAACUACGCCGGGUGCAGUUUGCCCAGUGAGAAACUGUCCUUCAGGACUGCUCCCUCUGUCCCGGAGAUCAUCCCAGAGAGCUGCACAGUGUGCUGGGACUCUGCCAUCGUCCGCUGGAGCAGCGUGUGUCCAGCUGCGGCAGAGAGCUUCACCCUGCAGUACUGUCGACAGAGUGCCCUCGAGGGGGAGGGUCUCCGAUCCAUAUCAGGCAUAAGGAAGUGUGAACAGAGCGUUCUCCUGCAGCCGAAUGAGAAUUAUCUGUUCUACAUCAGCGCAGUCAACUUCGCUGGAGCCAGUGAGCAAAGCGAGGCGGCUUUGAUCUCCACCACAGGCACCAGAUUCCACUUGCUAAAGGACACAGCCAGUCCAGGCCUUGUGCUGUGCAAGGACAACAUUGUGCGUUACCCAGAGGAGGCCUUCAACAGGAACACUGCACCCGAUGAGUGUCCAGGGAUUUUGGGAGAGCUGCUCCCUCCUCGGGGCCUGCACUACUGGGAGACGACAGUAGAGGGCAGCGAAGGCUAUAGGAUUGGAGUGGCCUAUCAUACCACCCUGGGGUACAGCCAGCUGGGAGAGAACAGCACAUCCUGGUGCAUUCACUGCAUUCCCACAUCAACCAGUCAGCGGUAUGAGCUGCUCCAUAACAGCAUGCAGACGUCCAUAAUCACCGGGGAGGCACCCGCCCGGAUGGGCGUUCUCCUGGACUACCUUCACGGGUGCGUCUCCUUCUUCAAUGCCCAGAGCGGGCAGCUCCUGGGGUCCUGCUGUCACAGGUUCAGUGAGCCCUGCCACCCCGCCCUGGUGCUGGAGAGACCAGGCACCUUGGCACUCAGUCUUCUGACAGAGGUGCCUGACUUUGCCAAGCACUGCUGACUCUGCCCCCUCCUCACACCGUUGCUAAUGGGUGUCCCUUAAGGAACAGGGAUGUGGUUCUAUGUCUUCACGUUAGAUGAAUGAGUCUGUAUCCUUGGGCUUAGGAAGAUAUAUGAUACAUGUUUUUGUUGUUCGUGUGGUGUGAGGAUUGAGCUGAAUACAGAUGAGCUUGUGAUGUUUUAAACCUUUUUUCUUUAUGAUGUUUGGAUGUUUUAAGAGGAGUUUGUAAAUACAAAAAUAAUGUAAUUUUGUAUUUAAUAUGUGUAUUGAUAAAAAGAUUUAAAAAAUAUAUAGAUAUUUCAAAAAUGUAUUUUUUCCUGAAGCAGGUUUAAAUGUUCACAAAAAAAGCUGUCUUUUUGUGAGAUUGGUUUGAUUUCACAGGCUAAUGCUUUUAGUGAUGCAGCUGAUAAUAUAACUAUGAAAACUAACGUCUGUCCUGACUAGAUAGGACAUGUGACUUGGUUUUGCUGGACGUCUGAGCAGAGAGCACAGCUGAGAAGUGACCCCAGAACAGCACACAGACGUGUUUAGUGGUCUGACUUUACAGGAUGAGAUGAUAUUGAUACCUGUCGUGGUGAGACCGUAAUGCGAGCCGUAUAUCAGACGUGUGAUGAUGUGCUGAAACUCUCUGGUGAGGAAAGCUUGGGAUAGACUGCUUGCGAGGAGUGCCAGGGUUUUAUUUGGGCACACUGGAAUGAAAUGUUCAUGUAUCUCACCAUGCUACAGAGCAUAUACCUGGCACAGGAUUUAAUGCUCCUGUCUCAACUGAAUGUUUGAAUUUUAAGUAAUGCAAAGUCAAAGUGAAAUCUAACUGGUAGGGAAGCUGACUGCAUCAUUGGCAGGUUUGCUUUUCAUCAUCUUAGUCCUUAGUAAUUAUGUAUUAAAUAUUGUGAAAUACAUUAAGAAUUUUUGAUUGGACUUAUGCUCUCAGUGAUCACUUUAUUAGGUAGACCUGUACACCAGGUUGUUAAUGCAGACAUUUAAUCAGCCAACACAUCACAACAACAGUGGUACACAAAAGAGCAUCUCUGAACACCAACUCGUCAAACCGCUGAAGUCUAAAAAAUAAGUCUAAUAUAUAGCUAAUAAAGUGCUCACUGAGUGUAUGUUUUUAUGCUGUAGAAAGCACACAUACCCACACACAUAAACUGAAUUAUAGGGGAGUGGAGGAUAUGGUGCAUAGAUUGGUUUGUUGUUUUACUGUCUUUUUUAUUAUUUUAUUUAUUAACCUUUAUUUAUACAGGGUAGGUUGACUGAGCACGCAACGCCCAGUUAAUACCCCCCAGUAGAGUAAUCUUUUUAUCCAUUUAAUACAUAUGCAUCAAAUGUUAUUAUUCAUAAUAUAUUAUGAGACAUAAUCUAGAAAUAUAAUUUUGCACCUACAUUAGUUGAUGCAUGCAGUCGUAUGAAAAAUUUGGGCACCCCUGGUUAAAAAACAUUUUUCAAUUAAUAUCUUGGUGAACAGACACAAACCUGUUACAGAGAUAAGCAUGAGAACUUUCUUCAAAUUUUAAAUGAAGAUUGUUUUAAUUUUUAUUGUUCAUAAAUGAUUUUUUAAAAAGGAAAAGGGCCCUGUGCAAAAGUUUGGGAACCCUUUUGGAUUACUCGUUUUGGAUUACGAGGAGAUUUACUCGUUAGGGCUUCAAUAAGUCAGGUGAGUAUAAUUCCAGGACUGAACUUUUUAUUCUGAAGUAACUCCAUGACUGCAGUAUCCAACUGCAAUGGCUGUUAUUUCUGGUAAUAUCAACCUUGGGUUCCUCUAAACAGUUGUCCAGGGAUGUCAGAUUGAAGACGGUUAAUUAAAAUGAAAAAGGCUACAAAAAAAAACUUUCUCAAUGUUUCAAACUGCCUAUUUCCACUGUCAGAAACAUUAUUAGAAGAUGAAACAUAAAUGGAAUAGUUGAAUUCAAGGCAUGGUCUGGAAGACUGAGAAAAGGUUCAGAUAGAAUGGCCUGAGACCUGCAGAGAUAGCGAGUGGCUAUUUGACCAGGGGUGCCCGAUGUUUAGCAUACGACUGUGUACAGUAUGUUUGUAAACUUGGAUUAUUUUCAUUGUUCUCCUAAUAAAACAUUAUUGCAUUGA